AUGGAGCCUAGAGUAGGUGAGACGGUGGACGUGCCUGGUGGCAUGCAUGGCAUCGUCAAGUUUGUUGGCGAAGUCGCAGGCAAGAAGGGCAAGUUUGCAGGCGUGCAGUUGGCCGCAGAAUUCGCUAUCAGGGGCAAAAACAGUGGCGAUGUGGAUGGGAGGCACUAUUUCAAAACAACCAAGCCUGGUUCGGGAAUCUUUCUUCCCGUCGAAAAGGCCAUACGCAGGGGACCGGCCACGCCGACCACGCCUUCACUAGCAACUUUUAAUCAAGGCGGACGAACAUCCGUCCUGCCCAAACCAAACUUCAGCCAGUCGAUAGGGCCUGGAGCACGAGCAGCCAGUCCUGCCCUGAAGCCUUCAUCGCGAAGGCCGUCCUUGCAACGACCUGGUUCACCUUUGCGGAGUACUCCUGCCAAACCCCUACCCAAGCUCUCGACACCAGCUUCGCGCCCCUCACUUGGUCCAAUGGCCAGAAACAAGGUGGGGAUGGGCUCCCGGUACGGCCAGAGCCCCACAAGCAGGUCAUCAAACUUCGGAAGUAGUCUUCAUGGCCCUGCUGCUACACCCUCAAGAGCUCCUCUUGGUCCUGAACUCUCUUUCGACGACGAGUCAGACCCUACUCCUACGCCGACGCCUGCGCCUGCGCCUGUGAAGACGAACGAUCACAUAAUGAAAGAUGAGGAGAUUAGAAGGCUAAAAGUAAGUCUGGAGCAGAAGGACGGUCAACUAAAAGAGCAAGCUGCCACAUUAUCAGAAAUGGAGAAAUCGCUUUCUGAGCUUCAGUCGCUACUACCUCCGGAUUACGAAUCUCUUGACCAUAGGCGGGAUGUUGUUGUCGAGUCUGACGUUGCACAAAUGCGAAAUAUAGUCCGAGAUAAGAAUGAGAAGAUACAGAUGCUCAUCGCUGAGUUUGAUGCCCAUCGUGCCGAUUUCAGAAGUACGAUAGAUACUUUAGAAAUGGCCAGCACAGAGACUGAGCGUGUUUACGAGAAACGAGUGGAUGAGCUCCUCCAAGAAGUACGCGAGCUGCAGGACCGUGGUGAGGAUGUCCAGACGGUGGCGCAGCAGCUGAGGCAGCUGGAAGAUCUAGUGCAAGAGUUAGAAGAGGGUUUAGAGGACGCCAGAAGGGGAGAAGCGGAAGCCAGAGCAGAAGUGGAGUUCCUACGGGGGGAGGUCGAAAGAGGACGAUCUGAAUUGAAGCGCGAGAGGAGCAAAGCUGCUGCCGUGAGGGAAGACAACGGUCAGAAUGGCAGCAGCCACAGCAGCCACCGCAGCAUGCGGGGACUUGAGGCGAAAGAUGAUGAAAUCAGAGGCCUAAAAGCUAUCAUCCACUCCCUCAGCGGAAAUGCACCGGCAGGUUCUAACGUCAAGACAAAUGGUCACGUUAAUGGUCUGGGCCACAGCGUCCAGCAUGAGCAGAUAAUCGAGCUGGAGCAAAGAUUGAAAGAGCUCGAAGUACUUCUCGACAGGAAGUCAUCCCGCGAAGGAGAAUUGGAGCGAGAGCUCGAACGCCUCCGUAGCUCAGAAGCAGCAGACAAACAUAAAAGCGCCGACACGAUCGGAAGCCAUCGACUGUCUGAUCGGACCAUCGUGCCCGGAGACUGGCGUGACCAGAAAGGCGUCUCAGCGCCCUCGCAGCUGGAAACAAUGCACGAAGCGGAUUCGCGUUCAACAGUCACAGACGUCAGUGGCCUGUGGUGCGAAAUCUGCGAGACAGGCGGCCACGAUAUUUUAACCUGCACGAACAUGUUCAUGGGCCAGCAACAAGAAGGGGGAGCACAACGAGAGCAAGGGCGAGAACCUUCCCAAGAUGACUUCAGGUCAAUGACUCCGCCUUUUACCAGCGAUCUCGUAAAAGAAGCAACCCAUGAGCCGUCACCAUCACAACUCCAAUCCCACGCUGAAGGCAACCGUAUCGCUCCCCUCAGGCCAAUGCCAAGUCUUUCCAGUGUUACAAGUGUCGCGAGCCGACCCCUAACAGCGUCGACACUACCAAAAGACGCUCCCGCUCCUCCCCCACCAUCAGCUCUACCAAAACAACCACACCCGAAUCCAAACGAUCUGGGAAUGGUGGCCGGUAAAGCAAGCGGCGUGAUCGAUGAGGAGAAGUGGUGCGCGUUAUGUGAGCGGGACGGACAUGAGAGUGUGGAUUGUCCGUUCGAGGAUGCGUUUUAG